CUACGUUAUGGCCACGUCAAGAUCAGUUGCAUAGCAACUGGUGUUUGCAGGUGGCUUCACCCUCUGCUUCUGUUAGCCUAGCUUGCCGCUAAGACGUGUUUGGUGGCUAAUGGAGCAAGCCAGUUGGCUUACGAAUGCUUCAAGCCCCUUCUGUGAUUCUGUUCGUUCUCUCUGGCAUUAAUCUGACAUGGCGGAGCUUGGGUUCAAUGAACAUCAUCAGAAUGAAGUUAUCAAUUACAUGCGUUUUGCAAGGUCCAAGCGGGUCCAGAGAUUGAAAACUAUUGAUUCCUGCUUCGAGGACCUUAAAGAAAGCAGGCUGGUGGAGGAGACCUUCACGGCGGAUGAGGUGUCAGACAUGCUGGAGGGCCUGCAGGCAGUAGUGCGAGGGGAGGUGGAGAUGGAGCUCAUCAACACGACACACACCAACGUUCUCCUCCUCAGGCAGCUCUUCUCACAGGCCGAGAAGUACUACCUGAAGCUGCAGACCGACGUGUCAGAACUGGAGAACAGAGAGCUCUUGGAGCAAGUGGCCGAGUUUGAGAAGACAGAAUUUAAAACAACUAAUAAAAAGACAAGCCAAGAUGUCAGCAAGCCCAAGCUGGCCCCAUUGAAUGAAGGGGGUGUAUCUGAACUCCUUAACAAGGAGAUUGCCAGACUACAGGAGGAGAAUGACAAAUUAAAGGCAAGGCUCAAGACCCUGGAAUCACAGGCCACCAGUGCUCUAGAUGAGAAGUCCAAGGUGGAGCAGGCUCUGAAGGACCUCCAGAGGGUCCAGACUGACCAGCAGUUCACCCGGCGAUCUCAGGAGAUCACAGACCUGGAGGGUACAGUGGAAACUCUGAGGGAGGACUUCCAGAAGAGCCUGAGCGCCACCACUGCGUCUCAGAAGGACCUGCAGGACAAUCUGGUAGCUGCCAAACAUGACCUGCUGCGCGUGCAGGAACAGCUGGCCUUAGCCGAGAAGGAACUAGAGAAGAAGUUCCAGCAGACUGCUGCAUAUCGCAACAUGAAGGAGAUCCUGGCCAAAAAGAAUGAGCAGAUCAAAGAAAUCAGGAAGAGGUUACAGAAAUAUGAAUCUGAGUGAGGAGAGCCAGUGGAGGCAGUGAAAGAGGAGCAGACGGGCCAAAUGCCGAGAGGUCACUGCAGCAACACUGACACAGAUAUUUCACCUCAUGACCCAAUUACAGAUAAAUUGGUAUUCUGUGUUCAGGGAAGUGGUCUUUCAACAAUCAUGUGAUUUCACCACUGUUUAUGUAUCAUCAUGGAAAUGACCAGAAAAAACUUUAUCUCCCCCAGACUACCUUACAGACUGGAAUUUUCUCUAUCUGUUUGGACGUAGGUUAUGGUGGUUGGAAAGUUCUUUAAUCUGGAAUGAAGGUUAGUUUAGAUGUGUGAGUGGUUAUGUGUAUGUGUUUGUGGCUAUCCAACCCUGUCAUAUGAGAUAUGAUUGUGGAGCUUAUGUCAAGUCUGCCUGAUUUGUCCACCACGGCCUAAAUUAUUUUAUAUAUACUAAUGUUUUUGACAAUGGAAUAUACUCUAGUUGAUAUAAUGUAUUUUAUUACUAUUUUCCCAGUCUGCACAGUGGCUUUUCACCAUACUGGCCAGCUGCCGUACCUCUCUGUAAUGCACUGUGUCUUCAGCUGUGUGUGUUGCAUAUGUUGCCAGUAUUACAUAAAAGUUAACUUGCACAUACACCUAAAUGUGUUGAGAGGUUCACAACAAAACAUGAUCAGUGUUGUGCUGAUCUAGAUAAUGAAAUGUUCCGGUCAAUAAAUUGUGUAAAAUUAUGGAUAAACA